AUGGCCUCGGUGCCAGCGAAGAGCAUCAAGUUCGCCAUAGAUCGUGGUGGUACCUUUACAGAUGUUUGGGCUUCGGUUCCAGGACAGAAAGACAUUGUUUUGAAACUCCUCUCGGUCGACCCAGAUAAUUACGAUGACGCACCCUCUGAGGGGAUCCGACGGGUUUUGGAAAUCGUAUCUGGGCGAAUCAUCAGUCGUCGCAGUCCCAUACCAAAGGAUCUCAUCCAUUCCAUCCGCAUGGGUACUACGGUCGCAACGAACGCACUACUCGAAAGAAAAGGAAGACGUCAUGCUUUCAUAGUGAGUCAGGGCUUCGGUGAUCUUAUUGAGAUUGGGCACCAAUCAAGGCCAAAACUCUUCGAACUGGGCAUCAAGAAACCGGAGCUUCUGUACGAAGAGGGCAUUACCGGAGACAUAAUGCGGAUUAUACGGCCUUUGAAUGAAGAAGAACUUACGGAAAAGCUGCUGGCUCUGAAGGCCAAAGGUAUUGAUACUGUGGCCGUCUGCCUCGUACACUCGUACCUGUACCCCAAGCAUGAGGAGAGGGUUGCCGAAAUUGCUAGGGGGAUUGGCUUCAACCAUGUGUCGAUUUCGUCCGAGGUCGGUGCAAACAUGAUCAAGAUGAUAUCUCGAGGCAGCUCAGCUUCUGCAGAUGCGUAUCUGACGCCAGAGAUUGUCCAAUAUGUGAACGGCUUUGCCCGAGGGUUUGACGGCGGGAACCUCGACGGCAUCUCCUGCGAGUUCAUGCAGAGCGACGGUGGACUAGUUAGCCACAAGAGCUUCAGUGGUCUCCGGGGCAUCCUGAGCGGCCCUGCUGGUGGUGUCGUUGGGCAUGCCCGGACUUCCUAUGAUGGCCGGUCUCCGAUUGUUGGUUUUGACAUGGGCGGCACAUCGACAGACGUCAGUAGGUACGGCGGCUCUUUUGAGCACGUCUUUGAGACCGUUACGGCUGGCGUAUCGAUUCAAAGUCCUCAACUGGAUAUCAACACCGUUGCCGCUGGCGGUGGGAGCAUGCUUUUCUGGGAGAAUGGCAUGUUCAAAGUCGGUCCAGAGAGUGCUGGAGCGCAUCCAGGCCCCGCCUCCUAUCGCAAAGGGGGUCCACUGACAGUCACGGAUGCCAAUCUCUUCCUGGGGCGACUGAUCCCCGAAUAUUUCCCCUCCAUCUUUGGUCCCGAUGAGAACCUCCCGCUUGAUUCAGAUAUUGUGGCAGAGAAGUUCAACGACAUCACGGCACAGAUCAAUGCUGAUACAGGCCGAUCAAUGACACCAGAAGAAGUUGCCUAUGGAUUCAUCGACGUCGCAAACGAGUCCAUGUGCCGGCCCAUUCGAGCUCUGACUGAGGCCCGAGGAUUUGAGACUGCCCAACACAACCUGGCUACUUUUGGUGGAGCGGGCGGACAACACGCCUGUGAGAUUGCAACCAAAUUAGGUAUUCGCCGUGUCGUCAUCCACAAAUACUCGAGCAUACUAUCGGCCUACGGUAUGGCUCUCGCAGAGGUCGUACAUGAGACACGAGAACCUAGUUCGGAAACCUUAGGAGAAGACGGAUUGGCUCGAUUGGAAGACAAAUUUGGUGUUCUCAGACAAAGAGCGUCUGAUGGCUUGCUUGCUCAGGGAAUCCCUUCUUCAUCCAUCAUGCAUGAGGAGUACUUGAAUCUACGUUACCACGGCACUGACACCAACUUCAUGAUCCUACGACCCAAAGAUGGUGACUGGCUAUCUGCUCUCGAGAGGGAUCAUUAUAGGGAGCUGUCUUUCACUUUCCCCCGAUCAAGAAAGGUUUUGGUUGACGAUGUCCGGGUUCGUGGAGUUGGCAAGAGUGGACAGACCAUCAAAGACAAUGACACCCUGAUACAUGAGCUCAGGGAACUCGACUUCCAGACUCAAGUCAAGAACGUCGAGAUGCUGGAAGAAGUCUAUUUUGCAAACAGCGGACGUCAACAAACCAAAGUCUUUCGACUCGAUAACCUUGGAAGAGGAGCAAUGAUUUCCGGACCUGCGAUAAUCAUCGACGAUACGCAGACUAUCAUCGUUGUACCUGGAGCACAGGCCAAGGUUCUUACGUCCCAUGUCGUCAUUGAUCUAGCACAAGAGGGAUCUCAACACACGGGCAGCGGCGAGCUUGUCGUCGAUCCAAUCAAGCUCAGUAUCUUUGGACACAGAUUCAUGGGAAUAGCAGAAGAGAUGGGAAGAACACUCCAGAAAACUAGUAUUUCGCUGAACAUCAAGGAGCGUUUGGAUUUCUCCUGUGCUAUCUUCAGUCCAGAUGGCGAGCUCGUUGCCAACGCGCCUCAUGUACCGGUCCACCUUGGAAGCAUGAGCUACGCAGUCAAGUAUCAACAUCAGCUGCACCAUGGGAAGCUACGUCCAGGCGAUGUACUUGUUUCAAACCAUCCAGAGUCCGGUGGUACUCAUUUGCCUGAUAUAACCGUGAUCUCACCUGUAUUUGAUGAAGAUGGCAAGACAAUUUGCUUCUAUACAGCCUCAAGAGGUCACCACCUGAACAUUGGCGGAUAUAGAGGCAAUUCAAUGCCACCUGACUCUGUCGAACUUUGGCAGGAAGGUGCGGCAAUCAAGUCCUUCUUCCUUGUGCGAGACGGACACUUUGAUGAAGAGGGCAUUACGGCCAUUCUCCUCGAGCCAGGCAACUUCCCUGGUUGCAGUGGGUCCAGAAACUUGGGCGAUAAUCUGUCGGACUUGAAAGCCCAGGUAGCCGCAAACACCAAAGGCAGUAACUUGAUUAAGGCUCUUAUGAAUGAGUACAGCAGGCCCGUCGUCCAUUUCUAUAUGAAGAAGAUUCAAGAGAACGCCGAGGUAGCUGUUCGAGCGUAUCUCAAGUCGGCGUACCGUCGUUUUGGAUCGAAACCCCUGACGGCCACAGACUACCUGGACAACGGUUCGAUGAUGACGGUCUCUAUCUCGAUCGAUGAGACUGGCUUUGCAACCCUCGACUUCAGUGGCACGUCCUGUGAGAUGCUUUCGAACAUGAAUGCUCCGCCUGCUAUCACCUAUUCAGCACUCAUCUACACACUGCGCCUGCUUAUCGGCUCCGACAUCCCGCUGAAUCAAGGCUGCCUUGCCCCGACCAAGGUUAUCCUCCCGAAGAACACCUUCCUCAAUCCCUCAUCCAAGGCUGCAGUCUGUUGCGGGAAUACGCUUACCUCGCAGCGGCUCGUGGACCUCCUCCUCAAAGCCUUCCAGGCGGCUGCUGCUUCUCAAGGAUGUAUGAAUUGCUUUGGCUUCUUCGGCAACUGCCUCGAGCCCGGCAGCACAGACGAUGAUGGUUCAAAUCAGCCAGACGACAGCAGUGGGUUCGGCUUCGGCUAUGGCGAGACAAUCUGCGGUGGUGAGGGCGCAGGACCCACAUGGCACGGUGCCUCAGGUGUACAAGUACACAUGACCAACACGCGGACCACAGACGUCGAAAUUAUCGAGAAGCGCUAUCCUGUGCUUCUGCGUGAGUUCUCCAUCCGCAAGGGUAGUGGUGGCCGGGGUGAAUUCAAUGGGGGAUGUGGCGUCAUUCGGGACUGGGAAUGUCGCUACCCACUGACAUUCGGCAUUAUCACCGAGAGGAGAGUCCACCAGCCAUUUGGGAUGCUGGGGGGGGAGGCUGGACAGAGCGGUGCCAAUUAUUGGGUACAAAGGCUCGAGGAUGGGUCCGAGAGAUGGGUCAGCAUUGGCUCAAGGGGCCAAAUCAAUAUGAAGACGGGUGACCGUUGUGUGAUCCAGACGCCUGGAGGAGGUGGCUGGGGGCAACCACUGGGCGAUGCAGAAAGCGAAGCCGAGAUCAAGGCCAAGAACGCGGUAUCAAGGGUGACCGCAUAUCCGCGCGCAGCAGGAAGCUUUCAUAAUUUCUCAGCUGCCCAAGAGGCGUCCUCGUAGACACAUGUCUUGGGGGCCGGUACGACUUAGUAACCUUGGCUUGAAUAGAUCCUUGUCCUCAGCA